UAAACAUUCCACCAUCCCCUUCUUCCACUGAAAGAGAGAGUUUGAUGUCUUUCCUUCCCGAUGGAUACCCCAACGAACUUACUGUAAUCGUGCCUUUGACAAAAGAAACUCCAGAAAGUUUAGAGAAGCCUUCAAGAAACCCAUCUCAGAGAAGUGCAGAAAUGCCAUCAAAUAAAGUUUCUCAAAAAUGUUUAGAGAAGAACGAAAAACUUGAAAGCAUCCCGAGAAAAGUGUCUCAGAGACUUUUAGAAAGAAAAAUUGCUAAGGAAAAUUCGGAGAAGCUUUUGAAGGAAGCAUCUCAGAAAAACUCAAUAAAAACAUCUGAAAAACAUUUAGGGGUAUCAUCUACUACAAUUCCCCCAAAAACUUCAAAGAAAACUGGAAAGAAAAAAGCAUCUAUAAGUUUGAAAAUGCCACCCCAGAAAUGCUCAACAAAGCGAUCAAAGAAAGCACCUUGGAAAAGUUUGGAUACCAAUGCAAAAAUUGUUACUUCAAUAUCACAGGAAAAUUCAGAAACUCAUACAAAAGCUGUUGUUAAGAGACAAUCAAAUGCUACCUGUGUGAUCUGCAAAAGGAGUUUUACCAGUAAGAAGAUGCUAAAGGAUCAUAAUAUCAAGCAUCAUUACAUCCGUCACUGCCCCAAUUGCCCGAAGACUUUUCGUCAAACUAGAAAAUUUAUAUUGCAUUUACGAAGCCAUCUAAAUGAUUAUCCUUACCAGUGUAAAAUUUGCUUGGAAGAAUUUAAUCAAAAGAAAUAUUUGUUGGAACACAAGCAAAGGCAUAUAAGCUCUGAAAACUUAAAGUGUCGCACUUGUUCCAAAGUAUUUCACCACAUUAAUUCUUUUAGUGCACAUCGACAGACUCACCGUGGACCUCCAUAUCCUUGCACCUAUUGUAAUGCAAUCUUUUCAAACUUUUAUGAUAGAAAUGUACAUUGUAAAAAUCACGUGAAUCGUUGUAUUUUGUGCCGCCAUAAAGUUGCUGCUUUUCCAACAAAUUUAGAUCUUUCAUUUCAUAUGCGCUUAGUUCAUCGAGAUGAUGUAGCUAAUGAUGAUACAGCACAUACUUUUGAAGCUUGUGUAAGCACUGGUGCUGUGAACUUGGAACAAGACAGUGAUAGUGAUAGCAUGGAUGACAUGGACUCUGAUGAUGAAUCUCUUGCAGAUAUGGAUUACAAUUAUCAAAAAGAUGCUGUUGAGCCAGUGUAUACUUUAAAACGUAAAGAUAAAUUCAUUUGUUUUAUAUGCUACGAUUUAUAUCCAUCUCCUGAACUGUUGAAGUCUCACAUGAAAGCUCAUUAUUGGUUUCCAUGUAACUUAUGCCCCCAAUUUUUUCCUAAUCCUGAAACUUUUCAUAGUCACAAGUGUGAUUUUGCUGAUGUUAAUUGCAGUACUGAAAUCGAAUGUAAAAAUUGUGAGAAAACUGUAGCUAAUGAGGCUACAUCACAUACUCUUGCGAACACUGGUUCUGUAGACUUGGAAGAAGGCAGUGAUAGAGAGAGUAUGAAUGACUUACUUUCAUCUGAUAGUGAAUCUCUUGCAGAUAUAUAUCUCAAUUAUCAAAAGAUGCUGUUUCAAAAUCAUAAGUGUGAUUUUGCAGAUGUUAAUUGCAGUACUGAAAUUGAGUGUGAAAAUUGUAAGAAAACUCAUUGUAAAAUGACAUAUGAUACUUCAGGAAUCAUUAUGAAUACUCCUCAAAGCAUUGUAUCAAAGGUUCAAGCUAUGAAAUAUGAUAUUGUGCAGCUCAUUAAUUUUAUUGAAUACGUAAAAUGUCAGAAGCUACCAUUAGAUGUUGCAACUCUCAAUCGUGUAGGUUUACAUUCUACAAGCCUUCGAAUAAUUUUAAAAGAUAGUCGAAUUCGACACUUCUUUUCUUCAGAAUGCAUCUCAGAGAUGGAAGACAUGUAUUCCAAACUUCAGGAUUUUAAUCAGAGUCUCUGUGAUAGCAUAAAUAAUACAUCAGAAUAGUAAUGAAAGCAUAUUUGAAAACAGUAUAAAUUCUUUCAUGUUCCUUCAAUAAAAAGUGAUUGCAUCUUG